GUUAAGAGUGACGAUCCCGGCACCUAGAAACAAUUAAUCUAAUAAGCUGUAAUAUAAUGACGAGCAUUUGCAUAAUUGGAGCGGGAACAGGCGGCCUUUGCAGUGCCCGACAUGCGAUUGAGAAUGGAUUCGAAACAACUGUGUUUGAAUUAUCAGACCGCAUCGGAGGAACCUGGGUCUACAACGAUGCAACGGGCGUUGUCAACGGAAUCGAAGUUCACAGCAGCAUGUACAAAAACUUACGCACCAAUUUGCCCAAGGAGGUCAUGGGUUUUCCGGACUUUGAAAUUGCCGAAAAUGAGGUGUCCUAUGUGAGAUCUGAUGAAAUGUUGGACUUCUUCGAGCAAUAUGCGGAUCAUUUCAAACUAAAGCAGCAUAUUCGAUUUAAUUCCUAUGUGAUUCGAGUAGUUAAGAAGAACGAAAAGUGGCAAGUCCUUGUGAAAGAUGUGGUGACUAAUAAGAUCGCCUUCCAUUAUUUCGACAAGAUAUUGGUGGCAAACGGACAUUACCACACUCCCAACUACAUUGAAAUUCCCAAUAUGAAGCUCUUUAAAGGCGAAUCCAUGCAUAGCCACGAUUUCAGAACAAAUGAAGUGUUCGAAGGCAAAGCCGUCCUGGUUAUUGGUGGGGGCCCAAGUGGUAUGGACUUGUCCAACAUUAUAUCCAGAGCGGCAAAACGAGUUACGAUAAGCCACCACGUGACGGACAUUGGAGAUAAUAUUUUCUUUGACAAUGUCCGCCAGAAGCCAGAUGUCAGGGAGCUUGACGAGCAUGGAGCCUUCUUUGUGGACGGGUCAUACGAGCAGUUCGACACCAUUUUCUAUUGCACAGGGUUUAAGUAUGCCUUUCCCUUUCUGAGUGUUGACUCGGGGAUCUACGUCGAGGACAAGUACGUCCAGGAUCUAUACAAACAAUGCAUUAACAUACGGAACCCAUCGAUGGCAUUGAUUGGCUUGCCAUUUUACGUUUGCGCAGCACAAAUGAUGGAUCUUCAGGCCAGAUUCGUCAUGAGCUACUACAGCGGAAAAAACACAUUGCCAUCUCCGGAGGAGAUGCUAAAGGACACCCAGGACAGAAUGAACAAACUUUGGAAUGAGGGCUACCGCAGACGUCAAGCCCAUAUGCUGGGACAUAAUCAAGUUCACUAUUACACGGAUUUGGCGGAAACCGCCGGAGUUAAGAACAUAAAGGCUGUUAUGGCAAAAUUGCACGACGAAAGCAGCAAAUGCUUCAAUGAAAACCUUCUUCAUUUUCGAGAGGAUAUCUUUAGAAUAGUGGAUGAUGAGAAUUUUAUCAAAAUAAAUUAGUAGAAGAAACCAUGACAUUUCUUAAAGUAACGUUAAGUAAACGAAGGCAGACACACAAUUAAGAAAGCAUUCACUAAAACAUUUUACAUUCAAAACUGGGAAUUUUUAAAUUAAAUAACCAUUAAUUUAAUAAUCUUUAGCUUAGCAUUUACAGCCGAGGAA